CUGGGGGCGCGAGGGGUGGGAGGCUGAGCGAGAAACAGAAGUGAUGAGAAAGCAAGCAGGAAGGUUUGAAACCGCUGCUGCUACUGCGUUGUACCAAGAAGAGGACGAGGAGGUGGAGGACUGCCGCUCCUGCCCCUGCGCCUGCUGUGAUUCGUCGGGGAUUCAGAGGCUGCAAGAGCUUGGCAUUUCCUUGCUACAGAGGCCCCGACUGCUUCUGUCCCUGUCCCUCUGCCUCCCGUAGGGAUCAUGGAGACCGUGAACGGCACAGGAGGCAGCGGCAGCAGCGGUGGCACUGACGUGAAGCAGCCACCGCACGGCCAACACCAUCCUCGCCACCACCACCAUCACCCGUUGGCGGAGAAGAAGCGGCUGCACCGCACCCCCUCUCCCGCCAGACCCUUCCUGAAAGACCUUCAUUCUCGGGCUCCGGUUCCAGCCCCUGUCGCCUCUUCUUCCACCUCUAGAUCUCCAGCGACCGCUCCGUCAGCACCCAAAUCCCCGAGCCUCUCGGGCAAGGCGCAUUCUAGUCCAUCGCAGGCGCCGCCGUCCCCGGGUCUCCUGGCCACCCAGAGCCGCCUCUCCCGACGCAGUGGGGGCGGCCAACUGGGAGCUAAGGACAAGGGGGUGGGAACCGGGAGCAAGCAGGGAGGCAAUGCCAAGUCCUCCCCUUGCAACAAGAAAGCAGCCCGGGCACCGGCGGGAGAACAGCCGUCGAAGGCUGGAAAGCAACAGCCGCAGCCUCAGCCACCACUUACAGGUGGGGAACAAGGAACCGCUUCUGCUAAAGGCCGUAAAGGAAAGCGAGGUUCCGGGCCCCAAGGGACUACAGCCCAGACUCCGGCCCCUGCCUCGGCUCCAGUUGUCUGCUCCUUGACCAGCCCAAGCCACUCAGCCCCCACUAUCCAAGCCCCCAACUUCUCUGGCUCCCUGGCUCUGGGCUCCCGCAUCAGCCACACAGACAGUAGCUCGGACCUGUCAGAUUGCGCCUCUGAGCCUCUGUCUGACGAACAACGCCUGAUCCCGACUGCCAGCAGCGAUGCCGAGUCGGGCACCGGCUCCAGCGAUCGGGAGCCCCGAGGAGCCCCUACCCCUAAUCCCAGCGGGAAAGCGGGACCUCCUAGCAGCCCCGAGCCGCUUGGACCUCACUACCCUUCUUGUGCCUCCCCCGGGAGCGGGGGCGGCAGGGCCAGUCCUUCAGUGGUUCCCCCCGGUCUGCUAGGGCCUGGAGUGGGGGAGAAUGCUGGGGGGCGAGCCCAGCCGAAAUCGACCUCCGGUAAGGGUGGCCCGGGAGAAGACGGAAAAGGGAGGCCUGGCAGCGGCGGUACCAACCAGGCACCCAGCCCGUGUGAACUGCAGCAGCUGGUGCUAGCGGAGGAGGAGGAGGAGCUGCUGCGGGAGAUGGAGGAACUGCGCUCAGAGAACGACUAUCUCAAGGAUGAACUGGAUGAACUUCGUGCAGAAAUGGAAGAGAUGAGGGACAGCUAUUUAGAAGAAGAUGUUUACCAAUUGCAGGAACUCAGACGAGAACUAGACCGUGCUAAUAAGAACUGCCGUAUCCUGCAGUACCGUCUCAGGAAAGCUGAACAGAAAAGCCUGAAGGUUGCUCAGACUGGUCAGGUGGAUGGAGAACUCAUCAGAAGUCUGGAGCAAGAUUUAAAGGUUGCCAAAGAUGUAUCUGUCAGACUGCACCAUGAACUUGAGACUGUGGAAGAAAAACGUGCUAAAGCCGAAGAUGAAAAUGAAACUCUACGACAGAAGAUAAUUGAAGUAGAAAUCUCAAAACAGGCCCUGCAAAAUGAGCUGGACAAGUUGAAAGAGAGUACCCUGAAGAGAAGAGGCAGCAGGGAAAUGCACAAAGAAAAGAAAACAUUCAACCAGCAGACUGGAGGAAUGGAACGUCUUGGGAACUGCAGGGCAGGAGCCAAAGCACAAAGGAAGCUGGUUCCCCGGCGCAAGGAUGACAGUGCUGAUUUGAAAUGCCAGCUUCAGUUUGCCAAAGAGGAAGCCACCCUGAUGCGCAAAAAAAUGGCCAAACUCGGGAAAGAGAAAGAUGAUUUGGAACAGGAACUCCAAAAAUACAAGUCUCUUUAUGGUGAUGUGGACAGCCCACUGCCUACAGGGGAAGCUGGGGGGCCUCCUAGCACCAGGGAGGCAGAACUGAAGCUGAGACUCAAGUUAGUUGAGGAGGAAGCCAACAUCCUAGGCCGGAAGAUUGUGGAGCUAGAGGUAGAGAACCGUGGCAUCAAAGCGGAAAUGGAGGACAUGAGGUGCCAGUAUGAGAAAGAGUGUCUUAGCCGAGACCACAUCCCAAGCAUUCCUACCUCUCCUUAUGGCGACUCUGUGGAAUCAUCCAUGGAGCUGCGCCGUCAUCUUCAAUUUGUUGAAGAGGAAGCGGAUCUGCUCAGGCGAUCUAUCUCUGAGAUUGAAGAUCACAAUAGGCAGUUGACCCACGAGCUGAACAAGUUCAAGUUUGAACCCAGCCCAGAGUCAGUAUGGCCAGAUGACAAUGUCUGCAAAGGUGGCGGCGGCAGCAGCAGCAGUAGCAGCAGCAGCAGCAGUAGCAGCAGCAGCAGUAGCAGCAGCAGUGGGGGAAUGUUGCAGGAAGAGUUGAAGUCGGCUCGGCUGCAGAUCAAUGAAUUGAGUGGAAAAGUCAUGAAACUUCAGUAUGAAAACCGCGUGCUUCUCUCCAACGUUCAGCGCUAUGACCUGGCUUCUCACUUGGGGCUGGAGGAGUCCAGCUCUGGGGAGAGUGAAACUGAGAGUGAGGAUGAUAAGAAGGAGAGUGACGGAGAAGAGGUUCGACCAGGACAGCCCAGGAGGGAGGGGCCCAUCGGGGGUGAGAGUGACUCCGAGGAUGUCUGUGAGAAGACCUCAGGCAUUGGGAGUGGAAAACCAUCCGAGGCCAGUGACUUGUGCUCAGCUGAAUUCAUGAGGGCCAAACAGGAGACAGAGUCUUUGGUCAAAAUAAAGCAGGUAGCAGAGAGGCUGGAGAGGACGGUGGAGCGCCUCAUCACUGACACCGACAGCCUGAUGUAUGAUGCCAAACUGCACGUCACCGGUGAUGCUUCUCCCGAAUCGGGUUUCCAGGGCGAAGGGGAGACAAGCGAAGGGGACAAAAAUGAACCUGAAUUGUUGGAUGCGAUCAACUCAAAGAUGAAGAUCUUUAGGAAGGAGCUCCAGGCUUUUCUGGAAAAGGUAGACCAGGUGAAGGAAGGACUCAAAGAGCACCUGGAAGAUCUCUCUCCUCUGCCUCACCUCACAGAGUCUUCUAGCUUCCUCUCCACCAUGACCUCCAUGUCCCGGGACUCCCCUAUUGGUAACUUGGGAAAGGAUCUAAUCACAGACUUCCAGUCCAAACUGAGGGAUCAGUUGGAGUGGCAGCCCAGUCAAGACCGUGGAGAGGAGCGAGAGAUUCAUCGCCUUCGAGCCACUACAGAACCACACCGCAGAGCUGAUGGAGACACUAAACUCUACAGGCCAGGAGACAAAGGCUGUUUCAGUCUAGAGCUCAGGGAUACCCCUGUCUUACCUGUCCAGAAUGUAUCGAUACAGGAGCUCCAGGCUCAGCUUGAGCAGGAGACCAGACUUCACCAAGAGGAUCAAGAAAAAUUUAAAGCAAAGAUCAUCCAGAUGGAGCAGGAGCACCUGUAUGCCUUGCGCCGGAAGGAGCUAGAAGUCCAGAGCCUGUCCUUGCAGAACACCCUAGAGCGGAGGACAUGGGAGGAAGAGAAGAACUUGUUGCAGCAGGAUCUCCGUCACUUCAGGCAGAACACUUUCCUCUUCUAUGUCAAGCUCAAAUGGCUUCUGAAACACUGGAGGCGGGGCAAGAAAGGAGAGGAGGAAACAGAGGAUUUCAUGGAGAUGGAGCAUCCUGAGACUUUACCAGGACUUGGAGUUCAUUCUGAACAAAAAGAUGAGGAUGAUGAAGAGAGAGGAGUUGGGUCCCCAAUGGAGUAUUAUUCCCAAAAUUCCAGCAUGGAAAUUGAUGACGAUGAACCGGAGCUACAAACUGCAGAGAUACUGCAGCACCAAAAGCAGGCAGUGGAAAACCGGAAUCUCAUAAAUUCCCUUAAGACUCUGCUGGAUGAUUUCCACUCGGAGAUGAGGGAAGAUGAACGGGAUCGCCUUGGAUUGCAACAACAGUAUGCCAAGGACAAGGCUGCCUGGGAGGUGGAGUGGGCAGAGCUGAAAAGCCGCCUGGAACAGCUGGAAGGAAAGAAUUCUGAGAGAAAUCCAGGAGAAGUGUCUCCGUCCUUUGAUUCAAAGGGAGCUUUCCGGAGGGAGAGAGAGGAGCUCAAGAAGCUACUUGCAGAGAGUCAUAGCUUGGUGAUGGAGCUACGCUGGCAAGUCCAUCACAAUGAGAAAAACUGGAAAAGGGAAAAAGUGGAACUUCUUGACCGAUUAGACAAAGAGCGUGAGGACUGGGAGCAGCAGAAGAAGGACAUGCUGCGGAGAAUGCAACAGCUACAGAAUGGAAUGAGCUUCUUUGGAAAUGACAGUUUCUUUAGGGACUCGAAAGAAGUCAGCAUCCGUGUAUUUUCCAACCAAGGGAGUCAUCACAUGCCUCGUUCAAUGGGAAGCUGGUCUUACUCCGAUCCAGACCCGAUGCAGUUUGAAGACCAGACGCUGUCGAAGUUGAAGCAGACAGACCGAUGCUCUGCCACAGAGAACAUCUUCUUGGAUGCACUGGCCUUGGACGACGAGCCCAACGACCCUCAGCCACGGAAAGGGGCACGAGAGAAGUUUAUCACUUGCCUGCAUGAAGAAGAAGAUAACUACAAAGGAAAUCUUCAAAGGGCAGUUUCAGUGUCCUCCAUGUCUGAGUUCCAGCGCCUGAUGGACAUUUCUCCCUUCCUGCCAGAAAAGGCCAUGCCUUCUGCCAACCACAAGGAGGACAUCACUCCUCCCUUGUCCCCUGAUGACCUGAAGUACAUUGAGGAAUUUAACAAGAACUGGGACUAUACUCCACCCCAGAGCCACAGGAAUGGGUUGGCCGAGAAGCCACCAGAUUCCUGGGCGGAAAGGACCGAGGGGGGGAGGUCAGGGAACGAUGUCCCCGGGUCAUCGUGGUACCUUACCACAAGUGUCACCAUGACCACCAACACCACGACCAGCCCAGAGCACUGCCAGAAGCAGCCUUUGAAGAGCCACGUCAUUGCCGACAAAAUGGGGGUGCGUGUGUUUCAUAGCCCACCAGCAGUCCGGAGGUUUGAUAGUUCAGUGAUGGCAGGCAGUGAGGAGAAGAGCCAGGCAGACCCUGACUUGUUGCUCUCUGUGAACAAAGCCAAAGGGAGCAUGGGGGAGGCAAAAGGCACCCCCCAUGAGCAUGCAUUUGGCAGGUGGCCCUGUGAACACCCAGGGCACCACAGAGACAACUUGGAGGGUGGAUUCCACUCCAUGGAAGGCCCUGUUUGCACUGCCACGGGUUUUUCCUCCUCCUCCCUGCAUAGCCUUGAGAUGUCCAAGAACAUGAGUGACGACAUGAAAGAGGUUGCCUUUUCUGUCAGGAAUGCUAUCCACUGUAGCCCCGCGAAGCCCCAGCUCAAGGAUAUGGCCUGUCAGACCAACGGAUGCAAGACAAAAGGGACACAGACCACCCAGACCAUGAAUGUUGGCCUACAGACUGAAACCCUGCGUGGUGGAAGCAUCACCAGCAGUCCCCACAAGUGUCUCACACCAAAGGCAGGGGGUGGCACCACUCCCGUGUCCUCCCCCUCCAGGAACCUCCGGAGCCGGCAGGUAGCCCCUGCCAUUGAGAAGGUGCAGGCCAAAUUCGAACGCACAUGCUGCUCCCCCAAGUAUGGUUCGCCUAAGCUACAGAGGAAGAGUCUCCCCAAAGCUGACCAGCCAAAUAACAGGACCCUGCCAGGGACACCCCAAAAGGGCUAUAGUGAAUCCGCCUGGGCCCGCUCAACCACCACAAGGGAGAGCCCCGUGCAUACGACCAUCAAUGAUGGACUCUCCAGCCUGUUCAACAUUAUUGAUCACACUCCGGUGGUACAUGAUCCCCUCCAGAAGGGAAUCCGAGCUGGCAGCCGAUCUCGCUCAGCUGAACCCCGCCCGGAUCUGGGCCCAGGUCAGGAAACGGGCACAAGUUCCAGGGGAAGGUCACCUAGCCCCAGCGGGGCUGGCACCGAGACAUCCAGAGAAGAAGGUGGGGAAGGUACACCUGUGAGACAGGACUUAUCGGCUCCUCCCGGCCACACACUGACUGAAAAUACUGCCAGGAUCCUGAACAAGAAACUCUGGGAGCAUGCCUUAAAGGAAGAGAGGAGACAGGCUGCCUAUAGCCCCCCAAGUCUUAAUAAUGACAGCAACAUGGGAGAAAUGAUCAAAGCUGAACCAGGGUCCAUUGAGGAACUACCUUGUUCUGCGUUAGCUCCACCCCUAGAAUCCUGCUUCUCCCGGCCCGAGAGACCAGCAAAACGUCGUCCUCCUUCCCGUUGGGCCCCACAUUCCCCCAAUGCCUCACAGUCUCAGUCAACCGGAGACCUGAUAUCCUUGGAGGAACAUGGCGGACAGGAACCAGCAGUGGAGAAGCCAAAAAAAUGAUGCAAGUUGGCAUGAAUUAUCACUGAAUAAUUCACUGUAUUUUGCAUUACCAUACCAUCAUCAUGACCCAAUUCCUGUCCAUAAGGAGAGAUGUAGUUUUCCCAAGGUCAAAGAAUGUUUAAAAACAAAUAAACAAAAACAACACAGCUGCUGAAUGUUCAACCUGUGAAACAGAAAUGUUUCUAGAAUGAAACAGUUAAUGUGCCUGUAAUAACUUAAUUUUUUUCAUAGCUCAAAAAACUAUUUUUGUCUCCAUCUUUUCUACACACAGUAUAUUAAACAAAAGGUUAAUAAGAUAUAAAUUUAAAGAGUAAGAAUUUUAAAAAUGUACAUUUUCAGAGAUUCUGAAUGCGCUCGCUCCCCAAAUAUUGACUGCCUUUUUGUUCAAUUUGUACUGUUCCAUUUUGGUUUGGUUUAUUUCCAUGUUGACUUAGGGUGUUUUAAGUUAAUUUUGUUCUAUUUUGAUGUCGGUGUUAUUUUUUUAAAGGAAGAUUCUUGAAAUGUUUAAGAUUAUAUGAAACAUUAAAUUUUAUGUAGAAAAGAAAGCAAUUUAGCUGACUAGAAUGGUAUUCAAUAGACUGGAGGGAAUACAGGUCAAACAAACACACAAACAAAAAGUCACAAAGAAGGCCUCUGAAAGGCUUAUGAUGUUAGCUAUAUAAUCCACACGCCAUGCUUGACCUGCAUGCCUUUGGGUUCCAAGCUCUUGCGUGCAUGUACAUACUGCUACUGUACUCUGACCAUCGCCUAAAUGUGAGCCAAUAUGUUUAACUGUCGUGUUGUUGUGAAUUUCCCUGUACUGUACUUUUAUUGUUGGUACUAUUGCAUUGAAGCAACAAAUACAACACAUUUUUAAAUCGUUGUUAAAAGUUCAGCUAGCAAUGUACGGUGUUUACUGAGAACUUCCUUGCUUGGAGAAUAUAUUAAGAAAAGACAUGAGAAUACCAAACUGUAAGAGAUGGUCGUGUCACUGUAUAAGACUGUGGUGAAAUAAAAAUAAAACCCUUGGUAUUUAA